AUGGAAACGAAAAGUUGCGAAGAAUUUAUUGUGGGAUUCUGUCCAAAUGAAGAAUUCUAUGUAGAGCAUGUGACAGCAAAGUGUCCGCAUCCACAUAUAGCAUCUGAAAGAAAUGAGUAUUCCACAGCAAAAGCCGCAUAUUCGUUUGAGCAUAAAGUUCUCGAGCACUUUAAGGAAAUUCUCGACGAAGUAGAUAAGAAAGUGGCCAUUAACAUCCAAGUGACGUCAAAGGAGACAGUAGACGAAAGCCAUUAUGAUGCGUUGAAUGAGUGCGAAUCACUCAUCGAGCUUAAAAAUCCAUUCGACUUUGAUUUUGAAAAAAUUCACAGUUUGCUGGUUUUGCAUGGAAGACUAAUAGAACAUAUUGAUCUGAGCAAGACAUCAAGGGCACUUGAUGUCUGUAAGAAUUGUGGCGCCUUCAAGGAGUACUCAAAGCCCUGUAUUCAUAAGUUUUGUGAAAAGUAUCAAAGGCUAAGAGAUAUUGUUAGUAAACUUGAAAGAAAACUGCCACAAAAGCCAACACUUAGCUGA